GACAAUCAUCAGCGAUUCCCUCUUGGUUCGCCUCGCCAACAUGCUCUGCAAGGAAUUUGGGGAGAAGGAACUAGACAUUCACCUGACGCGCAUCAAGGAGAUAUUGCUGAGAAGACAUCUGGUCAUAGUCUACGAGCUUGGCUCAGGCGACAUUGACAGUGCCAUACUGCACGCCCUCCUGACAGCCAACAAGGGCCAGGUUCAAGACCAGUUGCAGCUUGCUCAGAUGUGGAACAGAGUGGAUGUUGCCAAGCGAGAAAUCUUCACAGAAGACCUGGAAUGGAAGGUUAGGUGUUACACUUUUCUGUCACAGUGAUGAGUUUGUGAUUCUGUCUGAUGACUUUGCAACAAAAAGACUUUACAAGUUGUUGGGAUUAAGAUCUUAGAUUUGUUUGCAUGUACAGUCAUUU